AUGCACUCGCCCGGCUACGAGCAGCCCCAGCAGCACACCCUCAGCCAACUAGACAGCCUCCGAAGCCAACACAAACCACUCGAGGAGAAGCCUGCCCGAGACAUUCGCCCUUGGACGAGUGCAGUGAGUAGCCCGGCCAGCCAGCAGCAAACCAACUACUACCUGCCCCUCACCCCCGCCGCACUCAGCCAGCACCGCAGCCAGCAGCAGCCCCUUAGCAGGCGCACCCCGCCCCUCAAGCCGCUCCCCAAACUCAAGGGCCUGCGCAUCAGCGCCAUCAUCCUCGCCACCCCCACCGGCGCACUCUUCUCCACCCUCCUAGUCGACCCCCACAGCCAGGAGCCAAGCCCCUCAGACCUCUCCAUCACCGCCGCUUUCUCGCGCAUCGACAGGCCCACCAUCGACCGCCAUCUCAAGCCUCUCUACACCCUCCCCACCAACCCAGCAGGAGCAGCCGACGACACACUCAUCACCGCUGUCCACUGGGACAUCUGGUACCACCAGCAAUCCCCUCAGCAGAACACCAGGAUCACCAAACGCGCCCUCGCCCUCGUCUCCACCGCCACCCGCCUCUACCAGUUCGUCGACCAGGUCGGCAUCCUCAAGAGCAAGCGAGACGAGGACCCCAACGACCAAGUACUCCAGCGUCUCUUUGGCUCAUACCAAUCCAACCGAGUCCUACCAAAAUCCAUCGAGCUCCAAGCUGCCCAGAACAGCCAGCUGUAUGUCUUCAACCCCAGCUCCAAUUCUCCCCCGAUCCUCUCCUGGUUGACAGGCGCAGGGAUAUACUGCGGAGAGAUCGUCCACGGAACUCAAGAACCCGGGGAUCCUGUCAUCGGCCCAUCCGAGCUCAUCCCCUUCCCAUCCCCCAAUCAGCCCAUAGCCGCUUCCUCACCACCACCAGAUCCUCCACUCGCCUUCUGUCCAACCGAAUAUCACUUCGUCCUGCUCUUCCCCGACCGGAUACAGAUCGUCUGCCGACUCGACCGUCAGAUCGUACACGAAGAGAUCCUUGACCUGAAACCGGACGAAAGCAUCAGAUCGAUCACCACCGACCCGGUCGAUCAGACCUAUUGGCUCUAUUCGGAACAAUCCAUAUUCGAGCUGGUUGUCAAAAAUGAAGGCCGAGAUAUCUGGAAGGUCUAUCUAGCCCGCAAAGAUUUCGAGAAAGCGUUGAGUCAUGUGGAUAUGGCCAUCGACCGGGACAAGAUCUUGGUCAGCCAGGCCGACCAUUACCUCCAAACCGGCAAACACAUCUCCGCCGCCCAGAUCUAUGCCCAGUGCUCAAAGCCCUUCGAAGAGGUCGUCCUGGGCUUCAUCGACCGCGGCGAGCGAGAUGCGCUGCGGUACUAUCUGAUCAGCCGUCUCGAGCGGCUCAAACGCCAGGAUCUGACUCAGCGGAUGAUGCUGGCGACUUGGUUGACGGAGAUCUAUUUGGCUAAGAUCAACGAACUGGAAGAUCUCGUCGGCGCGGAUCCUUCGGCUGCUGAUCAGACUGCCAAUAUCGUCGUCGAGCAACAGCUGAUCGAAGACGAACUGCAGCAGUUCUUGAGGACUUACAAAGCUGAUCUGGACCAGCGGACCACGUUUGAUCUGAUCACCAGUCACGGGAGAAAAGACGUGAUGAUCUAUUACGCCAACCUGGUUGGUGACCAUCAACGGAUCAUCCGCCAUCACAUCCUCGAAGAAGACUGGAAGAAGGCGAUCGACGGGCUCAACCGCCAGGCCGAUCUCGAGCUGUACUACAAAUUCGCACCCGUGCUUGUCAGCCAUGAUGCCCGCGCGGCCACCACCGCCUUCAUGCGCCAACCCAAGCUGGAUGUCAAGCGGCUCAUCCCGGCACUGAUCCCUCCGCGCCGAUCGGCCAAGAAAGGCACGGAGGAGAACGAGGAGAGGGUGAUCGAGUACCUGAAAUUUGUGAUCUCCAGGCUCAACAACUCCGAUGCGCCCGUCCACAACGCGCUCCUGACCCUCUACGCCACCCAACGACAGGCGGACGAAGGAUCGCUGCUUCGGUUCCUAGCCAGCACGCCGGACAACCCGGUGACGGGCAAGCCGUACUACGACCUCGACUACGCGCUGCGGAUCUGUAAGGUGAACAACAAGCUGCAGGCGUGUGGGCUGAUCUACAGCAAGAUGGGCCUCUAUGAGAGCAGUGUCGACCUGGCCCUGCGCACCGGCGACCUGGAGCUGGCGAAGAUCAAUGCGGAGAAGGCCGAGGACGACCGGCUUCUUCGGAAGAAGCUGUGGCUGAAGAUCGCGGCGUAUGUGGUCGAGGACCAGAAGGACAUCAAGACAGCGAUGGCCUUCCUUGAGGCCACCGAUCUUCUGCAGAUCGAAGACAUCCUCCCGUUCUUCCCCGACUUUGUGGUGAUCGACGAGUUCAAGGACCCGAUCUGCAACGCGCUCGAAAGCUACUCGGCCAGGAUCGCCCGGCUGAAGAUGGACAUGGAGGAGUCCCACCAGACCACUCUGCUCAUCCAGAACGACCUCGCCCUGCUCUCCCAGCGGUUCCUCGUCAUCAACCAGGCCGACACGUGUUGCUCUUGCGCCCAGGCCCUGCUCAGCUGCCAGUUCUACCUCUUCCCCUGCCAACACUCGUUCCAUGCCGCCUGUCUGAUCAAGGAAACCAUGGCCCAGAUGCCGCCCUACCAGCUGCGUCGCCUGCUGACGCUGCAGACCAAGCUGGGCCAGCUGGACCCGACCGGCUCCGUCGCCAGCCAACAACCGGCCGGACGCUCGCUGCUGCCCGCAGGCAUCCUCUCCGACUCCAAGAAGCUCGCCCUGGCGAGCGUCCAGGGCCUCGACCACGUCCGCAAGCUCAUCAUCCCCGACGCGCUCGUCGGGCUCAUCGGCGGCGGCGUCGGCAAGGUCGGCUCGGGCGUCGAGGCGCUCGGCGGCGUCUGGCCCGCCAUCCCCCGCCUCGUCCGCUCCUCGUCGUCAAUCCUCCCGAAGCACGACCACCUCGGCCACUCGCCCACCGCUGCUUCUUCCUCUACUCCUCGCUUCGUCGGCCCACGUAGUCACCCUCAGAGCCUCGGGACAUCCACGGCCACGGGCACGGGAGCGACGGAGAUCCAGAAGCUCAAGAACGAGCUCGACUCGCUCGUCGCUUCUUGUUGUCCGCUCUGUGCGGGCGCCAUCAAUGCUAUCGACCGUCCGUUCGUCCAGGAGGGCGAGCUCGAGAUCUGA